CGAGCCUUCAGAAAGCCCAGUCAGCGCGCGAGAGCAGGCUGGAUUUCACACGCAGUAGCUCCGGGAUCAGCACCGCCGCUGUGACGAAACAAACCGGCCCUCGCUGGAAAGUGCACCCCGGAAGUGUGGAUUUAUUCGCGAGCGCACUGCAGUGGAAAAUCUGAGCUGGUGUGUGUGAGGCGGGUCGGGCUGUUCUGGAGCGGGUUCUAAUGCUCAGGCCUGGGUUCGGACUCCGAUACGGGCAUUUGCACGGUUCUGCCUGAGUGAUGGGUCGCUGUGGAGCGGGUUAGCUUCCUGGCUAAAGAACGCUGUUGUCUGUGACAAGUUAGCUAGCAUCUGGCUAAUAAAGAGAGCGCGGUUCGGUUCUGUUUGGGUUUCUUGUUGCUCUCGGCUUGUAUUUCCCCCACACCGCAGGCCAGGGCGCGGCUUUCUGACGGGAUCUGAUCUCUCACACUGUGGUUCGGGUUUUGUUGUUGCUGCUGUGAGGCGCAGGGGGGCCAAUACUUUCUCUCCACACACAGGACUCGGACUGUCCGGCUGUAAUGUCUGCGAUGCCUGCGGGUUGGGUCUGAUGAUGAUUUUUUAAAGUGCAUUAAACAGCUCUCGGAUUUGAAAAAUGUGAAGUAAACGCCAGCGCUGCAGUGAAGCUGCUGAGGGAAUAGGAAUUAAUUUUCACUCUUAGAAACAAAACAAAAACAUCCGGUGGCUUUUUUCCCUUCAUCUCUAAAACACAACGUGCAGGAGGUGCAGAUGUGAGAGAGGAGGUGCAGAUGUGAGAGAGGCGGUGGGUUUUAGAUCUGAGACCUGAGGUUCGUCUCAAAGCCUUGGAGGAAGAGGAGGAACUCUUCAUCACCAUCUUUGUGUGUGUGUGAGAGAGAGAGAGAGAUGACUGAGGGAGGACAUGCGAAAGGACGGAGGGAGGAACUCCAGAAGAUGAGUCCUUUACCCCGAGAGCUUCAUCGUGUCUUCAUGAGCUACAACAAAAGCUCAGCGCUGCUCAAGAAGAACCUGAAGGAGACCAUCAGCUUCUUCAGAGAGAUGAGGCAGAACUACAGCAACGUGUGUACGGCUGGAGACCCUGAGCAGGGUCAGCUCAGCUGUGUCUUCAUCCCCCGUCCUGAUGAAGAGUUCCUCCAUGGUGUGGUGACUAGCGCCCCCUACAUCCUGGUCCUUGGACAAGACUGCCCUGCCCGCUACCAGCUCCUCAACUGCCUCCUGGGUGAGAAGCUCCUCCCUCUCGGCUCAGACCUGGGCAGGGCCUGUGGGUUGAGGGGAGGGGCCUGUAAAAGAAGGAAGCUGUGUUUCACUCAUGGGCGUCAGAGGAGACUGGGCCUGGCUCUCCCGGGGCAGUACGAGCUCGUGCACCAGUUAGCAGCUAACUGUAGCUGCUGGGACACCAUCCCCCUGCAGGACCUGGAGAUCCAGGACGAGUGUGAGGAUCCGGCGAACCGAUUGGCCGAACUCGAGGUCACGUUGCAUCACACUCUGUUGCAGGAGACGAGGAUCAUGGUGGUGCCGUGUGCAGGAGUGCAGCCCGUUACAGAGGCUCUGGAGGACUGCAUGCAAAACACAAUUCCCAUAAUCCUCUAUGCUCUGAGUCAGGACUCUGUUAGCCCGGACCAGACAGUUGACCUCCUAAAGGUCCGCGACAUGCUUCCAUUUCCCAUCUGCUUUGUCCGGGUCCCCGGUAUUCCCGCCUCUCCAAUUGAAUCAGGUGUUCUCCAGAAGCAGCUGUUAACCCUGGGCCUCCUCCCGGACGGACCAGGAAACUGUUCCUGCGGCGCUCCGUCCCAAAUGCCUCAUGGCUCUUCUGGGAAACCUCACAGUGUCCUCGGUGAGAAUUUGGACCGCCUCCAUCGACUCCUUGUCCACUUCACUCGGCAGGUGUUCACCAGUCAGCUGGUGGAGGCAGCAAACCGACUGAACACACUCCACUGCACCUGCCUUGACCUCUUCAUCAACCAGGCAUUCGACAUGCAGAGGGACCUUCAGAUCACACCCCGGAGGCUGGAGUACACCCGGGAGAAGGAGGCGGAGCUCUUCACCUCCCUCAUGGCCAUCGCCAACCGCAAGCAGGAGGAGAUGAAGGAGAUGAUCGUGGAGACACUGAGCACCAUGAAGGAGCAGCUGCUGGAGGAUGCAGCCAACCUCGAGUUCACAGGUCGGGCAGAUAUCAUUGUGAGCUCGAAUGGAGAUGCAGCGAGCAGUAAGGACAUUAAGUCGUGUAUCCAGCAGAUCCAGGAGCUGAUUGUUGUGCGUCUGAAUCAAGCUGUCGCUAAUAAACUCAUCAGCUCUGUGGAUUAUUUACGUGAGAGUUUUGUCGGAACGCUGGAGCGCUGCCUGACCAGCCUGGAGAAAUCCAACAUGGACGCCCAUAAUGUCACCUCUAACCACCUCAAACAGAUCCUGAACGCUGCCUAUCAUGUGGAGGUGACGUUUCACUCUGGAUCCUCCGUUACACGCCUCUUCUGGGAGCAGAUCAAACGGAUAAUCCAGAGGUUGUCGUGGGUGAACCCUCCCUCCAUCACACCAGAGUGGAAGAGGAAAGUAGCUCAGGAUGCCAUUGAGAGUCUGAGUGCCGCCAAACUGGCCAAGAGCAUCUGCUCCCAGUUCCGCACUCGACUCAAUAGCUCUCAUGAUGCCUUUGCUGCCUCACUCAAACAGUUGGAGGAGGGUCAUACGGACCGUCUGGGUCGGACAGAGGAUCUGUGGGUGCGUGUGAGGAAAGAACACGCCCCCCGCCUUGCACGCCUCUCACUGGAGAGUCGCUCACUCACAGAUACACUACUGUACGGGAAGCCGAAGCUGGGGCGGGAGUUGGGCAGGGGGCAGUACGGAGUGGUGUAUUUAUGUGACAGUUGGGGGGGACAUAACCCCUGCGCCCUGAAGUCAGUCGUACCUCCUGAUGACAAACACUGGAAUGACCUUGCACUUGAGUUCCACUACACACGGUCUUUACCAAAGCAUGAGCGGAUGGUUGAUCUUCAUGGCUCUGUAAUUGAUCACACAUACGGUGAAGGCUCGAGCAUUGCAGUGCUGCUCAUCAUGGAGAGACUGCACCGAGACCUAUAUGCAGGCCUCAAGGCUGGUCUCUCUCUAAAGGAGCGUCUGCAGAUUGCCCUGGAUGUGGUGGAGGGGAUUCGCUUCCUACAUAGCCAGGGGCUCGUUCACAGAGACAUCAAACUGAAAAAUGUUCUACUGGACAAACAGAACCGGGCCAAAAUCACAGACCUUGGAUUCUGCAAACCUGAAGCCAUGAUGUCCGGCAGCAUCGUCGGAACACCGAUACACAUGGCACCGGAACUCUUCACAGGAAAGUAUGAUCACUCUGUGGAUGUGUACGCAUUUGGGAUCUUGUUCUGGUAUCUGUGCAGUGGAUCUGUAAAACUACCUGAAGCUUUUGAGAAAUGUUCCAGUAAAGACCAACUGUGGACCAAUGUCAAAAGAGGUUCUCGUCCUGAGCGUCUGUUCAUUUUUGAUGAAGAGUGCUGGCAGCUGAUGGAGGCGUGCUGGAACGGAGAUCCGUCUCAGAGACCGCUGCUGGGAAUUGUACAGCCAAGUCUGCAAAGCAUCAUGGGACGUCUGUGUGACGGCGCUGACCAGAGAAACGCCAGCCUUGAAGACUCCACCUAAACCCCCCCCCCCCCCCCCCCCCCCCGUGCACGCUCACUGCAGAGCACACUGACAGACUCCAAUGUACACAAUUCAGAGCACUGACUCCUGCACGCCUGCGCACAGAGUGACACGUUUCCAACUGACAGUGAUGUAAAAAUACAGAAGAGGUCUCUAAUUUGUUUUUUGUAUUUCCAGAAGAUUCCGGUGAUUUGAGAACACAAAACACACACACACACACACAUUACAAAGCCAACACACUAUUUAUGAUCAGAUGAUCUGAGCAAUACAAGUUUAAAAAUGUUUUUCUUUGUGUUUAAAGUAUAUUUAUAUUAAAAUCUGUCUCUCUCUCACACACACGCAGUGUUCUUGUUGUAAUGCAUGCUAAUUGCUGCUUUGUAGGAUUGUUACUAGACCUGAAGUUUUAAGACUAGUGUGAUUUAUCUUGCCAUAUUAUAAAACGAGGAAAAAAAUACUUUAAUUUUAGCUGGUGUUUAAACUUGCUACCUGAAUAUUUACUUUUUUUUUUUAAAUAAAAAGGUUUUGUCAA